CCGGCCUAUCCGGCCCAGCAGAGGUCCCGCCUGUCGGGGGAGAAGGAGCUUCACUGCUGCUGAGGCUCUGACAGACGGGGCCGGCGGACAAACUGACCUAGGGGACUAGGCAAACGCAGGCGCUGACUGACGGAAAGCAGGUGGAGGCCAGGCACUGGGCCCUAGACACCAACCAGACUAAGGUCUGCCCUCGACGCUGGCCGCCACUGGGAACACCAUGAGCCAGUCAGGGUCCAUGAGCUGCUGCCCAGGAGCUGCCAAUGGCAGUCUGGGCCGGUCUUAUGGUGUGCCCAAGAUGAGUGCAAAGGACCUGUUUGAGCAGAGGAAGAAGUACUCCAACUCCAAUGUCAUCAUGCAUGAGACUUCACAGUAUCAUGUCCAGCACCUGGCCACAUUCAUCAUGGACAAGAGUGAGGCUAUUGCCUCAGUGGAUGAUGCCAUCCGGAAGCUGGUGCAGCUGAGCUCCAAGGAGAAGGUCUGGGCCCAGGAAGUGCUGCUGCAGGUGAAUGACAAGUCACUGCGACUGCUGGACGUUGAGUCUCAGGAGGAGCUGGAGAACUUCCCGCUGCCCACUGUGCAGCACAGCCAGACAGUGCUAAACCAGUUGCGCUACCCCUCCGUGCUGCUGCUGGUGUGCCAGGACUCAGACCAGAAUAAGCCCGACAUCCACUUUUUUCACUGUGAUGAGGUGGAGGCGGAACUGGUGCAGGAGGACAUUGAGAGCGCCCUGGCUGACUACCGGCUGGGGAAGAAGAUGCGGCCGCAGACCCUAAAGGGACACCAGGAGAAAAUCCGGCAGCGGCAGUCUAUCUUGCCCCCUCCACAGAGCCCGGCCCCCAUUCCCUUCCAGCGACAGGAUUCCCCUCAGGCCAAGAAUCGUGUAGGCCUGCCAUUGCCAGUGCCAUUCAGUGAACCAGGUUAUCGCCGGAGGGAAUCCCAGGAAGAGGAGCCACGGGCCGUGCUGGCCCAGAGAAUAGAAAAGGAAACGCAAAUCCUCAACUCUGCCCUGGAUGACAUUGAAUGGUUUGUGGCCCGGCUCCAGAAGGCAGCUGAGGCUUUCAAGCAGUUGAACCAGCGGAAAAAGGGGAAGAAGAAGAACAAGAAGGGGCCAGCAGAGGGCGUCCUCACACUUCGAGCACGGCCCCCCUUGGAAGGAGAGUUUGUCGACUGUUUCCAGAAAACCAAGCUGGCCAUCAACCUGCUGGCAAAGCUUCAGAAGCACAUCCAAAACCCUAGUGCAGCUGAGCUGGUGCACUUCCUCUUCGGGCCUCUGGAUCUGAUCGUCAACACCUGUGGCGGCCCAGACAUUGCGCGCUCUGUCUCCAGCCCUUUGCUGUCCACUGAUGCUGUGAGCUUCCUGCGUGGCCACCUGGUCCCCAAAGAGAUGGCACUGUGGGAGUCAUUGGGGGAGACCUGGAUGAGGCCUCGCUCUGAGUGGCCCCGGGAGCCACAAGUGCCACUCUAUGUGCCCAAGUUCCAGAGCGGCUGGGAACCACCCCUGGACGUCCUACAGGAGGCUCCCUGGGAAGUAGAGGGACUGGCAUCUGUACCCAGCGAUCAGUUGACCCCCAAGAGCCGACUAUCGGUCCGACACUCCCCAAAGCACAGCCUCUCUUCUGAACCCCAAGUCCCAGAGGACAUCGCAUCACCGGGCAGCUCCCCACACACUAACAGGGGCUACCAGCCGACACCAGCCAUGACGAAGUAUGUGAAGAUCCUCUAUGACUUCACAGCACGCAACGCCAACGAGCUCUCGGUGCUCAAGGAUGAGGUCCUGGAGGUGCUGGAGGAUGGCCGGCAGUGGUGGAAGCUCCGGAAUCGCAGUGGCCAGGCAGGCUACGUUCCCUGCAACAUCCUGGCAGAGGCUCGGCAGGAGGACGUGGGUGCCCCCUUGGAACAGUCUGGCCAGAAAUACUGGGGUCCUGCAAGCCCCACCCACAAAGUGCCCCCAAUUUUCGCAGGGAACAAAGAAGAGCUAAUCCACCAUAUGGACGAAGUCAAUGACGAGCUCAUGAAAAAGAUCAGCCACAUCAAGGCACAGCCACAGCGCCACUUCCGCGUGGAGCGCAGCCAGCCAGUGCACCUGCCGCUUACCUUCGAGUCAGGUCCUGACGAGGUCCGCGCCUGGCUGGAAGCCAAAGCCUUCAGUGGCCGGAUCGUGGAGAACCUGGGCAUCUUGACUGGGCCCCAGCUCUUCUCCCUCAACAAGGAGGAGCUGAAGAAGGUGUGCGGGGAAGAGGGCAGUCGCGUGUACAGCCAGCUUACGGUUCAGAAAGCCUUCCUGGAGAAAAAGCAAAGUGGGUCGGAGCUGGAGGAGCUUAUGCACAAGUUCAGGAGAGCGGAGGACAGCUAAACCACCCUGCGGACUUCACCAGAGACAGGGGAGGCCGCACCUGUAGUGGGCCCAACCCUAAUGCAUGGAGUAUUAUUUUUAUAUGUGUAUUAUUUUAUACCAAGGACACAGUUGGGCUGGGUGUAACUGGCCUCCAGGCAGAGCCCUGUGCAUGAGCCUAGCUACACCUGUGGGUGGCUCAUUUGACACCCCAACCCGAGCCCCAACCCAUAUUCUCCUCCCCAAACCAAGGCCAGCCUCAGCCAAACCUGUACCUGGCAGUGCCAGUCCCUCCUCAACCUGCUGCCAAGGCCCCAGGACUCUCCAGGUGGGCAAGGCCUCUUCCCCUGGCCUUCCCUGUGCACACGGAGCCUCCUGUCCCUUAUGAUGCUGGGCCCCAACUCCACCCAUCUCCCUUGUAUUGCUUGCUUCUCCAUUCACCUGCCCCCACGUCUGCUGGGCCCUAACUGCAGGAUGGGCCUGUGCAUCCAGCUGGCCAGCUUGAUGACCUUGCCUUCAGAUCUGCCCACACUCCCCUUCACGCUGCUAGCACCCCAAGAACAACCUGGUCACGGGGCUCCAGGACAGGAGGUCUUGGGUGCCCUGCUGGAAUAGAGUAUGCUGUAUUCUUUCUUUUUUCAAGAUCUAAGAAUGGACCUAACUGCAGAUGCCCCAUUGUACCCAGAGAGCCUGGGACAACAGCUGUCUCUGGCUAGUUCCACCAGCCUUUGUGCUGGUGGCCGGUGAGUUUCCCAGCUCUGGAUGAAGCCUCAGACCCAGAGAGGAGAGCGGGGACUCCAUCACUAUGUCAAUAAACCAUUUGUCGCCUAUCAA